AGCUUCAUAUAUAGAUAUGCCUUCGUGAUUUUGUUUCUGGAUUAGUCUUAAGAGGAUGAGCUAUUUUGAGCUCUUUUAUUGAGGUAGAAAUUAAUUCAUUUUGGGUUUAUAAUCUUGAAACUCCUGAUGAAGUUCUACAUCUACUCUCCAAAGGCCCUGUCUCUUGAUUUCCAGAUCCAAGAGAAGGAGGGUAAAAUUGCAGAGAUGAAUGCAGCUUCCACUGGUGAAGCAAUAAAACUUAGAGCAAUACUGGGCUUGAAAACCACUAUCGUUGAAGGGGUCAUAGUUGGAGGGACAUGUGUAAAUAGGUGUUAUGUUCCUUCCAAAGCCCUUCUAGCUAUGUGUGGUCUCAUGCGGGUGCUGCAUAAUGAACACAAUCUGAAGUCUUUUGGUCUAUAG